ACUUCCGCGCCAAACUCCAAUCGUCAGCCAAAAGCUCACAUGUGUCACACACACACACACAAACUACCCUCACUCUUUCAUUCCCCUCUUUCAUUCCCACGAGCUACUCCACCAUUGUUGCGCAAACUGUCCUAAUGACUGACAAAACCCAGUCUCUCAAAAUGCCCUAAUCCUUUUCUUUCUUCCAUUAUUUCUGUUAAAGAAGCAGGAUCAUUUACCCCAUCUGCGCUUGAAGUUCUAUCUCCAAUCUCUGCCUCGGUUAGAUAGGUUUUCGGUCUUUCUUAAUCAAGAUAGGUCAUACGCGAUAUCAUCUGGUCUCACUUCAAGAAAUCAGAAUUCAGCAGAAGGUCCGCUGUGUCAAGGCAGCGUCUUCUGGUUCGACAGGAAAAGGAGAGUUGAGCGAUCUCAACCAAUUUCUACCUUGGCCAACACAGAGCUAUUUGUUCAACCCUCUCUCUACUCUCUAGACCCGAGGAUCUGGACUUACCUUCAUUCUUCAGAAAUUAAUUCGAACCCUCGGCGUAUGGCUCCCUUUGUCGGCCGUCUCCCUUUUCCUGUAAAAGAAUUGAUGGGUGAAUUUAGUGGGUUUCUUCAAUUUAUGAACCAUGCCAAAGCAGUUACACUCGUAGCCGGCUUUCUUAAUGAGUGUAAUUGUUGAAGCCCUGAAGGUGAACAGUCUGCAGAAGCUUUGCUCUUCCUUGGAACCUAUUCUUCGCAGAGUUGUUCCCUAUUGAAUAAUUAGGAAAGUAGUGAUGGAUAAAGAAUGGAUGCACAUCUCUUACAGAGUUGAUCCAAAGUAUAUAAAAGGAGCACGAAGGUUUGCCGAUUGGGCUCAAGAGAUUGCAGGGCAUCCAGACAAGAUUUUAUGCCCUUGUAAUAAAUGUCGAAAUUCACUACAUCAACAUUUUGACACAGUAUAUGGUCAUGUUGUGGAACAUGGAAUGGAUCCAACAUACACGACUUGGUACUUUCAUGGGGAAUCAACUUUUCAAAGCAUGGGAAAGAGUUGGACUGAUUACAAAUCACGCCUUACAGCCGAUAUAAUUGAAGCGGAAGGUGACACAGAAGUCAUUAACUCAUUAAGACCUAGUAGUGUAAAAUCAAUUGAAGAGUGGCAACAGUUUGUGAGUAAUCGACUCUCUGAUGACCACAAAGCAAAGAGACAAAAAUGCGAAGACUUGCGAAGUGUGCAAAAGUUACCACACACAAGAAGUCGUAUGGGAAAAAAGAAAGUAAUGCGCCCAACUCUAUAUCAGGAGUCGAUAUGCAGAUUGAAGGUCACUUGAGGAAGGGUAAGGAACCUUUGAAUGAUGCAAUAGGAGUGGCAGUGAAAAAAGAAAGUAAUGCGCCCACUUCUAUAUCAAGAGUCGAUGUGUGGAUUGAAGGUCACUUGAGGAAGGAUAAGGAACCUUUGAAUGAUGCAAUAGGAGUGGCAGUGAAAAAAAUGAAAGAUUACACCCAAACCCAACCUAAAGGCACAAGCUCUCUUCAAGAUGAUGGAGUCACCCACGUAUUUGGCGUGGAACGUCGAGGACGGGUUAGAGGCCUUGGUUUUGGAGCAACAAUUUCUAAAAUUCAGGGAAUUGGUUAUCAGAGGGAGCAAGCGAAAAGAAUGGAAGAAAUGAUGAAUGAGAUAAAAGUUGAAAUAAUGAAUGAGAUGAAAGAGAUGAAAGCUGAAAUGAUGAAUGAGAUGAAAGCUGAAUUGAUGGAUGAGAUGAAAGCUUUGUUGUCCCGAAAUGCUUUUAUUGUUUCUCAGUCCAAUGCUACGCCAAAUCUUAUUCCAACUAAUCUGCAAGGUUUCCUAUGUGAGCUGUUACACUUUAAUGGAUCAGGUGUAGUUGUUGCCAAGGCUGAGAUUGCAUCAACAGAUCCCAAUGCACUAUCAGAUGAAUGUGUUCCAGUUGGUCCAGAUUGCUGGAAAGUUUGGAUUAAUGAUGUCAUUGACAAGGAUUGUCCUUUGUAUCGAGCAAACAAAUCUGGAAUGUUUUAUCUUUGUGAUGCUCGCACAAGCACGGUUAUAUGGCCUACCAAAUAUGUGAAAAUUCUAGAGGAUCUAUUUUCACCGGUUCAUUAGGAGCAGAACAAAGCCAUUACUUUCGAAGAUAAGAUAUUUAACCCACAACCCACCCAUUUAUUAAUACUUUCUUGUCUCUUUCAGGUACGUACUUGAAUUUUGUACCAUGGACAACAAGGUGGAGGAAGUGUGAAAAAUUGGAAGUCAACUUGCGCCAUGAAUUAAUGAACAAUGUGAAGAUUGACAUAUUGAUCUAUUUUUGCCAAAUAUUGGAUUUUCUUUUUAAUAUUGGCACAUUGAACAAUUGUAAAAUGCUUUAGUCUUUUGAUAUAUUUAAUGGUGGAUUUAAAUA